GUUAGGUUAAGAUAGUUGUUUCUUUUCGUGAUUUUGUCAGUCGUCAUAAAAUAAUAGUUUCGAAUUAGGUGACGUUUCUUGCACUCCAACCGAAUCUUACUAUCGUUGAAGAGUUACAAAGAGGUUUUGAACAAAAAAAAAUACUAUGGGUUGCGAUGGUGGAACAAUUCCUCGUCGGGACGAGUUGGUGCGAGUUAAGAAGAAGCCAGAACAGAAAGACAAAGAAGCGGAGCUAGCGUUCAGAUGGAAACAUUGUGCCAUCCGGCAACUGCCUUUGCAGUCCCCUAUAGUUGCGUGUGGUCUCGGUCGUCUCUACAGCAAAGAGUCUGUCAUUGAAGGAUUACUGGAUCGUACUAUGCUUCCCGAUACUGCCAAACAUAUCAAAACUGUAAAAGAUAUCAAAGAUUUGAACUUGACUGAUAAUCCGGCAUAUGAGGGUCCCAAGGCUGAGAAGGGUGAUUGUUAUGUUGAUGGAGGAAGAAGCCCUUACAUUUGCCCAGUCAUUGGCCUUGAAAUGAACGGCAAAUACAAAUUCUGCUUCUUGUGGUCCUGCGGAUGUGUGAUGAGCGAACGUUCGCUCAGAGAAGUUAAAACUAAAGUGUGCCACAAAUGCCAGCAGCCUUUUGAUGAAACUGAUAUUGUUAUAAUGAAUGCGGAGGGUGAAGACUUGGAACAAAUGGAACAGCGUUCAGCAAUGAGAAAGGUUCAAAGAAAAGCUCAGAAAAAACGAGCACACAAUGUGGAAAAAACAGAAGGUGAGGGAAGUGUUGAAGCAGAAGAAGGAAAAGGUAAGAAGAAAAUUAAAAAGGAAGAAACUGAGGGACCGAGCAAGAUUAGUCACAAAAAUUCAGCUGAAGAUCCCGCUUAUAAAAAAUCCAAGGACAGCUACAGCGUUGCCAAGGAUCCAAAAGCAACUGAGGUUUUCAAGAGCCUCUUUACUUCGCACAAGUCAGCCAGCGAACAAACUAGAGCCCACUGGGUUACCUAUAAUCCAUUUUAUAACUAGGAUCUACUGUAAAAUUUUAUUUCCACUGUAAGACGUAUUAGCUAAAAAAAAGCAGCCGUGUUUAUUCGUGUAUCUUCAUCUGUGAUCUCAUGUCACAGAGUUGAAGUAGAAAAUGAUGUUGACAAACCUCAAGUUAUUCACUUUGAUCCAAAUUUAUAGGAAUAUUAAUUUGACACAAAACGACGUUUGUUGUUUAAAUCUCUUUAUUUUAUAUAUCUAAAUAAAAAAGUUUCGUUAGAUUUA